AAGAAAAGAAAGCAAAGUCCAAAUUAAGAAAUGGGAAGGUCUCCUGUUCCUCCAAGUUCCAAUCAAAGUAACCUCAAGAAAGGUGCAUGGACCACUGAAGAAGAUCAACAGCUUAUCAACUACAUCCAAAAUCAUGGCCAUGGAAGCUGGAGAUCCCUUCCUAAACUCGCUGGUCUUAAUAGAUGUGGAAAGAGUUGCAGAUUAAGAUGGACGAAUUAUCUUCGACCAGAUAUAAAGAGAGGAAAAUUCUCGCAAGAAGAAGAGAAUAUGAUUCUUCACCUUCAUUCCAUUCUCGGAAACAAAUGGUCAACAAUAGCAACACGUUUACCAGGGCGUACAGAUAACGAAAUAAAAAAUUACUGGAAUACCCACAUGAAAAAGAAACUACUCCAAAGUGGUAUUGACCCGAUGACCCAUCAGCCAAGAACAGACUUGUUUUCUUGCUUACCUCAACUACUUGUCCUUGCUAACAUCAAAGAGUUACUUGAACAUAAUCAAUUAGCUCAAAACCUUCAAUACUUCAACCAUUUUCUUCAACCCAACACAGGGUUAUCAACCUUACUAAACCGAACAAGUUCAAUCCCCCUAUUUCAAGAAGAAAACCUUAAUUUUGUGAGUGAAUUUCCAGUACUGGAAGAUGAUCAAGAGAGUGAAGAAAUCAGACAAUUUCCUGUGGGAACUUCUAAUGUUACCCAACCACUCCAUCAAGAAGUCUCAAUCAUGAAUUUAGAAACAAGUAAUGAUUUUAAACAUGUGGGUCAUUGUCAAGGCCAAUCAGCAUUUACGAGUGUCAAUUCUUCGCCAUCAAUAUCAGCAGUCACGUGGAAUCCUAUUCCGCCAUUGAUAGACAACACAACCACCACCACCACCAACAAUAGUGGUUCACUUGAGAGCGGCAGCACCAUUAGCUACAGUGGCGGAGAUGGAGGAGCUUCUUCAUAUAACUGGCCAGAGUUUCUGUUUGAAGACUCUUUCAAAUUGGAUCAGACUUUACUAGAAAUGAGUUGAUGAUCCUGGAGUGCAUACGUUUUAUGGAAGCUUUUUUCCUGGAGUGAAUUGGAGAAUGUAAUCAUGU